AUGUCGUCGAGCCAGCAGUUAAGCCACAAUGCCGGAGAAGCCACCGGUCAAGUUCAGCUGAAGAAGGAAGAAUACUUGAACAAGGUAUCACACGCAAUGAACCAGAAUGCUGAUAGUCACUCACAGUUACAUUCGCACUCACACUCAGAGUCUGACCAGAAUCCUUCCCUAAUUUCUCAGGCCUCUAAUGUCAUCCAACAGACAGGUGGACAAGUGAAACAUAUGGCACAAGAAACAGCCGACGCCGUGAAGAACUCCCUCGGGAUGAGUCCGACCACCAACAACCCCAGCAGCCCAGCCGGUACAACCCGCUCGAGCAACCCUGGCUCAAAAAAUCUUUGA